AUGAGAUUACGACACGUACUUGCCCCAGCGGCGGCCCUGCUGCUCAGUUGCGUCCCAGUAACGCUCUGCCAGGGCCUCUCGUCUGCCCUCGGCUCCCUUCCCGACUGUGCGAUCGAUUGUCUCAAGACCUCCAUCGCCAAUUCGCCUUGCACCAUCGAUGAUACGCCGUGCCUAUGCACCAACUCCGAUCUUCAGGAUGCCAUCACAAACUGUGUGCUCUCCUCGUGCACGGUGAAGGGGUCCCUCCAUGCGAAAAAUGUCACCCAAACCAUUUGCAAUGCGCCCGUACGGGAUACAUCACGGGCUAUCAAGGACCUCACUACCAUUCUCAGCACAAUCGCUGGAGUCCUGGUCGCCGGGCGAAUCAUAUUCAAACACUUCGUGGCGAAGAUGGGGCUGUCUCUAGACGACUGGUUCAUCGUCCUCACUGCUAUUGUUGGCGCACCGAAUAGAGCCAUUGUCGUCCAUGGCACUGGAGCGAAUGGCGUCGGGCGGGACAUCUGGACCCUGCCAUUCGACAUGAUAACGCGAUUCGGCAAGUUCUUUUACAUCAUGGAGAUCUUGUACUUUGCAGAGCUCGCUCUACUGAAAGUGUCGAUCCUGUUCUUCUACCUCCGUAUCUUUCCGGACACGCGCAUUCGACAAGUCCUCUGGGUGACACAGACCCUAAAUGUGCUGGUUGGGGUAGCCUUCGUUAUCGCCGCUAUUUUCCCUUGCACCCCGAUCAGCUACUUCUGGACGAAAUGGGAUGGCGAGGGGCAGGGCAAAUGCAUCAAUAUCAAUGCUCUGGCGUGGGCUAAUGCGAUCAUCAGCAUUGUGCUGGAUAUAUGGAUGCUCGCCAUCCCGCUAAGCCAACUACCUAAAAUUAAACUGCAUUGGAAGAGGAAGGUUGGCAUCGCCUUAAUGUUCUUCGUCGGCACCUUUGUCACCAUCGUCAGUAUCCUCCGUCUGCAUUCGUGCGUAACAUACGCGAACUCUCGCAAUCCGACCUGGGAUAAUGCGCCUAUUACUAAAUGGUCCGUCAUCGAGAUUAACAUAGGGAUCAUGUGCGCCUGCAUGCCGACUCUCCGCCUUGCCCUAGCUCGUGUCUUUACAAUCUUCCAAGAGUCGACUGUCCGCACCGGUUACGGGGCUGGAUACGGAGCCGGAUACCAAAACCAAGCCAGCAAGGUAACGACUAGCCAUGCCGUGGCCACGUUCAAUGGACAGUCACCUAAAGGAACACAGCCACCCGACCGUGCGAUUUUGUGUAAGAAGACUUUUGAUAUACAAUACAGCGAUGAGUCGAGUUUGGUUCAGAUGCGAGAUUUGUCGGUGAGGCCGACAACGAGCGAUGCGUCGUCAGGGAUAGACCCCUAA